CAGUAUUAGUUUAGUCUAUACUAAAUAUCGAAUAAGAAAUAACAUACGUAAUAGUUAGUUGCAGCAGAAUAUAAAAAAAAAUAACAUAAAAAUACGUAGGAUAAACAACUCCUGCAAGGCAGAACAAAUCAAGAUAAGCGGAAAGCAAAUAGUAUAAAAGAGGCAGAGCUGUUGGAAAACCCACGAUGAUGUUUGUAAAGCUAGAAGUCGUUGCUGUUUUAGUAUUCGCUAGAGCAAUACCUAUCUACGAGGCUAGCUACAUAACCACCGGGUUUGGAGCACCAGUUACACAUAGAGGUGCAUCCUUAACGAUUGGCCCUCGCGGGCCAUUACUACUGGAAGACACAGAAUUUAUCGACGAAAUGGCACACUUUGACCGAGAACGAAUACCGGAAAGAGUAGUACAUGCCAAAGGCGGAGGUGCAUUUGGUUACUUUGAGGUCACCAAAAAUAUCACUCAGUACUGUGCAGCCUCUCUCUUCUCAGAAGUUGGAAAGAGAACGAAAAUCGCGGUUCGGUUUUCCACAGUUGCUGGUGAAAGAGGUGCUGCUGACACACAACGAGAUCCACGUGGUUUUGCCAUCAAAUUUUACACAGAAGAAGGAAACUGGGACCUUGCAGGAAAUAGCUUUCCAAUAUUCUUCAUUCGAGACCCCAUAUUAUUCCCCAGUUUCAUUCAUACUCAGAAGAGGCAUCCGUCAACCUUUCUUCACGACGGUGACAUGCAAUGGGACUUUUUCACAUUGAGACCGGAAACAACUCACAUGCUACUUUAUCUAUUCUCUGACAGGGGAACUCCCGACGGGUUCAGAUUUAUGCACGGUUUUGGGGUUAAUACAUUCAAACUGGUUAACGCCACCGGACAUCACGUUUUUUGCAAAUUUCAUUACUUGUCCAAUCAGGGUUUGAGAAACUUAACUGCGGCGAGAGCCCAAGAACUUCAGUCCGUCGAUCCCGAUUACGCACUGAGAGAUUUGUAUGAAGCAAUUAAAUCCAACAAUUAUCCGUCAUGGACGAUGUACAUUCAAGUAAUGACGGACAUGGAGGCAAUGAAUACCACUUUUAAUCCAUUCGACGACACAAAGAUAUGGCCCGAAAAUGAAUAUCCUUUAAUCGAAGUCGGCCGAUUUACACUGAACGAGAAUCCUACAAAUUAUUUCCAACAAAUCGAACAAAUGGCCCUGUCCCCGUCUCGAAUGGUGCCCGGAAUUAAACCUUCGCCUGACAGAAUGUUACAAGGAAGACUGUUUUCUUAUCCNAACUUGAUGAUGAAGGUCGAAAAUUUGUAA